CUUGGCUAAGCGAGACUAUCUGAAGAAAGAAGCAAAUCACGAAUUGGCAGCUCCUCACAUUCUACAAUUCACCUUUAAUGAAGCUCCUCCCACAAUAAUCACAUCAACAGUGAAGCUCCGCCCACAGUAGUUCACCAAUAAAUGCAGGACUAUCUCCAUCAGUUUGCAAGUGAAGACGAGCUUCAAAUCAUCAGGAAGAGCUGAAAUCUGCAAAAUCUGACUUUAUUAAAGAGGACAGAGAGAAGAUGAGAGAUCCAGAACCCUGCAGAAUCAAACACACUGAAGAUAAUCAAGAACAAACAGAGAUGAUUGAAGAAAACAAUGAGAAUGAAGAACUGAGUGAAGGUGAGGAGAAAAAUCAUGUUAGAACUGGAGAAAAACCCUUGAGUUGCUCUCAAACAAAACAGAAAGAUUUAAAGAAAAGAAGAGCCAAGAAAUCUUUCACAUGCACCCAGUGUGGAAAGAGUUUGAAAAGCAAAUAUAAUCUUGACGUUCACAAGAGAGUUCAUACUGGAGAGAAACCAUACACAUGUGAUCAGUGCGGCAAAACAUUUUUGAGAGCUUCAGACCUGAAGAAACAUCUGAGACUUCAUACACAAGAGAAGAUUUAUUCAUGUUCUGUGUGUGGAAAGAGAUUUUCAUGUCAACAACAUUUAAAAGAACAUCAGAAAAUACACAUUGCUGUGAGAGAGUGCAUGUGCUUUGAUUGUGGGAAUACUUUUACUGCAGCGAGCAGUUUAAAACAGCACCAGAAGAUUCACACUGGAGAGAAACCUUACAAGUGUUCACACUGUGACAAGAGAUUCAGUCGAUCAGAAAGCCUGAAAACACACAAGAGGAUUCACACUGGAGAAAAACCUUAUAAGUGUUCAACCUGUAACAAGAGAUUCAACCAGUCAUCAAAUCUGAAAAAACAUGAGAGUACCCACACUGGAGAGAAACCGCACACAUGUGAUCAGUGCGGGAAGAGUUUUGCACGAAAAGGACACCUUACAGGGCAUAUGAGAGUUCAUACUGGAGUGAAACCGUACCCUUGUGAUCAAUGUGAAAAGAGUUUCACACAAUCAUCACACCUUAAGAGACACAUGAAGAUCCACACUGGAGAAAAAACACACGCAUGUGAUCAAUGCAGCAAAACAUUUUUGAGAGCUUCAGACCUGAAGAAACACCUGAGUGUUCAUACAAAGGAGAAACCACAUUCAUGUCAUUUGUGUGGAAAGAGUUUUUCACUUCUACAAAGUUUGAAACAACAUCAGAAAAUGCAUACUGGUGUGAGAGAGUACAUGUGCUUUGUGUGUGAAAAGACUUUUACUUUAGCGAGCUGUUUAAAACAGCACCAGAGGAUUCACUCUGGAGAAAAAUCUUAUAAGUGUUCACACUGUGACAAGAGAUUCAGUCAGUCGAUAAAUCUGAAAACACAUGAGAGGAUCCACACUGGAGAGAAACCUUACAAGUGUUCACACUGUGACAAGAGAUUCAGUCAGUCGAUAAAUCUGAAAACACAUGAGAGGAUUCACACUGGAGAGAAACCGUAUCACUGCACUGCAUGUGGGAAGUGUUUCAGUCAUUCAUCUGCUCUACACAUUCAUACAAAAAACAUUCACAAAGAAGAGGACAGAGAGAACACGAGUGAUCCUGAAUAAAACAUGAUACUGAAGAACAAAGUGGUCUGUGUUUGUUCCUGAUUCCUCAUUCAUCAAGCUGAUGCUCACUAGAGUUACAUUGUUUCAGGUUGAGAGUAAAAUAAAGACAUUAAAUAAAUCACAUAUUAAAUUAA